AUGGAUCAGGGGACUGAUGCAAUGGAUGUUUUGAUGGGCAAAAUUGUUCCCGUUAAGCUUGGCAUUAUCGGUGUCGUUAAUCGCUCGCAGCAAGCCAUUAUCGACAACAAGCCUAUUUCGGACGCUAUAAAAGACGAACAGUCUUUUCUUCACCGAAAAUAUCCUACUCUUGCUAGCAGAAAUGGGACUCCGUAUCUUGCGAAAAAGUUGAAUUUGGUGAGAAUUUUCAAUCUGUUAACUGGGUAG